GGCACCACUGUACAAUGCAACUGCCUCGCUUGUACGGCGACAUUCUUGCACGCUCCCAACGACUAUGGAAAAGUCAUUUAUAGAACCGAUGUGGCUCCUUCACUAGCUACAGACACCUUUUCGCCGACCCUCGUUUUUUCGGUUAGGGGCCAGGACUUACCUUUACAUGAAAUAUUAAAUGCUUCAUGUGAGAACAACGGCAUGCAGUCCCAGCGUCGUGUUACAUUUCAUCUCCCUGAUGGCUCUCAAGAAAGUUGCAGUGACAGUGGCUUAGGUGACCAUGACCCGUUAAGCAAUGGUAGUAUGAUCUCACAGCCUCUUCCACUGGUUCAGCCACAGGAUGAAUUCUACGACCAAGCUUCUCCAGACAAGCGGACAGAAGCCGAUGGAAACUCUGACCCCAACUCCGAUGGACCGCUUGGGCCUAGAGGAUUAGCAGAAGCUACAGAAAUGUGUACUCAAGAAUGUCUGGUAUUGGGCCACUCAGAUAACUGCUGGAUGCCCCCAAGUCUUGGUCCAUACCAGCAACCAAAGUCUCCUCUUUCUACAUUUGCACCUCAGAAAGAUUGGCUGAAAAAGGACAAAUUGGUCAAUGGACACACACUAACAAAAACCUGGAAAGAAGAUAGCAUCAAAAACCAGUUUAAUGAUCGAAAUCAAUUUGGGAGUACUGAUGGACACUUCACAAGUGGGAAUCAUAUGAGUGACAUUCCUUUGGCUAAUUUAAAAUCCUACAAUCCAGUCUCAGGUGCUCUGGAUAGCCCAAAGGAGCAGCAACUAUAACAAGUUUUUGGACUAAUCAUUUUAGCCAAACUAGAUUUGCUAUCAUCGUGUGUUCAGAGCUUCAUAUACUGAGUAGACCUCUAGAACUUUGUGACAUAUUACAACAAAUAUGCAUACUUUUGUGUUGGCACCAUUGAACGUGUGGUGUUCUACUAUAUGUGAAUAAACAUAUUUCUAGAUUUGUUAUUUUUGGUGAACAGAGUUUAAAACUCUGCUAAAUGUUUUUUUUUUGUUUUGUUUUUUACUUUUUUUAUACCCUGGACUGCUGCUACCGAUUGCAGGAGGCAUAUUAUGGUAUUGAAAUAGGGAUAGGGAGAGGACAGAAUUCAAUGUGGAUUGUUGUAGUUGAAAAGCAUAUCAAAUUAGAUGAAUUGUGCUCUUGUUAUUGUCAAUCUGUGCUGGAACAGUAAUACUUGACAUCAUAAUUCAAAACAAACCAGCUAAAUCUUUCAAGAUGAAACCUAUUGUGCUAUUAAUAGUGUUAGUGGACACUUGUAAAUUAUUCAGAGAUCAGAUACCUGUACAUAGAAACAAGUUACUACUAACAACUUUGUGUACUUAUAAAUGAAAAAAAAAUAUCACUUAUAUACUGUAGCAUACUUUUGUGUCAAGGUUGCAUUCUACAGUAUUAUUUUAUGUUGUUUUUCCAAGUGUUAAGUGUUUCAAUGUUUUCUGUCUAACAUAUAACAACUUGAAACACUUGUGUUAAACUAUUGAAGAUCAUGUUUUAGUGUGGUAGGAAAGUCUGUGGGCAUUUGGCAAAUAAACUGUUCUCUAAAUGUUAUAUUUUGAAAUAUGAAAAGGUUAUUUAUUCCAUAUGAUAAUAUAUCAAAGUCUAAAAUUAUUUUCUUAAAUACAGAGGCAAUAAAUAUAUUACCCGUGAUACAAAUGUAUUGUAUCCUUCAAAAUAGAAUAACCCUAAUAUUAUGCAAUUGAAUGAAUUUGUAAAAACAGUUUAUAUUGCCAAAUUGGCCACUUUUGUAGCUAGCGUGCUGUAAUAACACAAGUGUUUUUCUUAGCUCAUAGCCACACAAUAAUAAAUGUGUUGUGACUCCAUAGUGUAACAGGGCAUUCUUUUAGUAGGCCAGUUGGUGGGAGUAGAUAGUUAUCAGUUUUUGUUGUUGAAUAAUGUUUGUUAACAUCAAUGGCUAAUGCCUGGCAAGAAUAAAUAUAAUUUCACUGUUUAGCCAAAAAGUGAAUUCUGAUGUUCAUAGAAUCUCAGUUGCACGUAGACAUAAAUUGGGACAUACUAUCAAGGUUUUAGUUAAGGCAUGACAGACAAUUAAAGCAAAUAAGUAGCAUGCAAGAUUCCUUACAAAAAAUAUCCUAUGCCACAGUUAAACAUCUAUGAAAGGUUUGUUAAACAAAUGUUUUUUUUUUCUUCAAAAAAUAUAUUUUUUUGUGUAUAACAACUCACAAUUGUAUCCACAGUAUAGGCGUGGAAAGGGGGUGCAUUGCUUUUUUGCAGUAAUUUGUCAGUUUGUGAGGGGUGUUUGAUGAAUAUGACAGAAUACGUAUCUAACCAGUUAUUCUUGUUACUGCUUUGCCAAUUUAACGUUAUUUACAGUUAUUAAGCACUUGCAAUAAAUGUUUUAAAAUGUA